UUCGAUCGUUGUCUUGGCAUAUCCCCUAUUCCUCCACUGAUCGACUCAACAAUCCAUCUUCAACACUUCGAAUCAUACAACACUUAAUAACUCGACAUCAUGCGUUUCACCAAGCACGUCCUCCCCAUCGCCAUCCUCCUCACCGGUGUCAUCGCCGCCAAGGACGAGCAGUCUACCACUGCCGUCGAAAAGGCCAAGGCUACCGACGACAAGGCCUCCGCGACUGCCGACGACUCCAAGACAGCGGACGCGACAGAGGAGGCUUCUGCAACUGCUACGGGCAAGGAUGACAAGAAGGAGUCAAAGACCGACAAGUCCGAUACCAAGUCUGCUACCAAGGAGAAGUCGGCUGCUUCUCAAACCACGGCUGAUGGACCUACGAUUACCUGGGACCCUCCUGCUCCCAAGACCACGGUCCCUGAUAUCAACGCCGGUUCUCCCUCACCCAUGACUCCUAGUGUUGUUGUUCUGUCGUUGGUACUCGGCAUCACAUCUCUCGGAAUGGCUCUGCUAUGAGAGUAUCUGCCAUCCUCCUUAGAGAUCAUUGCACAUUUCAGCUUCU